AUGAAAGAUGGAACCAAGAAAAAAGAAAAGAAGAAGAGGGUUUUUUGUUCAUCGUCACUAAGAUUGCACUACGAUUGGUGUUCGUCACAUGUAUUACCCAUGCCUGAGCCACCAGCAGUUUUAGGCGCAGAUGGUUACUUGAACGAUAAUUAUUCGAACCAUGUCUAUUAUGACUGGACUUGGAAUUCAUCAUCAAUCCUGUCAGCUGAGGAACAUAUGCAGGAUGGGUUUGACUCGCAUCUAUCAGGCUACCUGCGUUGGCUUGAUGAGAAAGUGGCAACGGAAAAUUCUAGUGGUAAUAAGAAUAAUUGUGAUGCAGAUGAUAUGGAAGAGAUUGAUAGGCUUGCUGAUAAGUUCAUUGCAAGUUUUCAUGAGAAAUUCAAGCUGGAAACGCAAGAGUCUUACAGGAAAUAUCAAGAGAUGUCAACGGAUGGUAGCGGAAAAAUAUCCGUUAUCCGGUAA